GCACUAAUUAUAAACCUCUGUGAUAAACCCGUCUCUCUCUUUUUCUUUUUCUUCUUCUUCUUCAGUUUUAGGGUAUCGAGUUUCUAAUGGACACUGAAACGCAGCAAUACGACGUCGACUUGGGACAUCUUUUAGCUUUUGAUCCUCACCACAAUUUUCCAUCUCUACCUUCAUCCAGGGAGGACUUGGUGAAGGAAUGUAUUACAAAGGGAACUGAGCUAAUUCAAGCUGUUGCAGCUGGUCUCUUUAAUUUACCUUCAACUGAAGAUAUAGAUGGUCCACUUGUCAAGUUGCCACCGCCAAAAUUGAAAUUGCCCAGAGAAAAGCAUUUGCCAAAGCCCAAACCUCCUACGAAAUGGGAAUUGUUUGCCAAAGCAAAAGGUAUACAGCAACAUAAGAAAGACAAGAGGGUAUGGGAUGAACAAACUCACUCUUGGAAACGUCGUUAUGGAUAUGAUCGUGUUAAUGAUGAUAAAGAUGUUCCCAUCAUUGAUGCCAAGAUGACUGAUGAGAUAGGGGAGGAUCCAUUUGCAAAGAGAAAAGCAGAGAAAAAGAAAAGAGUCGAGAAACAGGAGAAGAAUAGGUUUCAGAAUUUGAAACAAGCUUCAAAAGCGGGUGCUUUGCCAAGCCACAUUCAGCUAGCUGCCACAGCUUUGCCCAUAACUGGAACUAAGGCUGCACCAAAGAAGGUUAGCAAAGAUGAAUUAGGAAGUGUAGCUGGACUAGCUGCAACUGCAACAGCCAGUGGUGGGAAAUUUGACAAGAAGUUGCCAGGAGAAAAGCCUGCCAAAAUGCAAGGGAAACAUCGCAAGUUUUUACCAGUUGUGGAAGGAUCAGGGAUGGGCAGACAGGAGAGAGAGCAAACUGACAAAGUUCUCAGCAAAAUUUUUGCACAGAAUUCUCAUGAGAUACUUAACAUUGAUAAGGCUGUUUCGAAGUACACUGUCAAGAAAGAGAAGAGUCAAAGGAAUCAGCAAGGGAAAUCUUCUACAAGCUCGAGCAAGUUAAAAGCAAAUAGCAAACCGAUGAAAGCGAAGGGCAAAUCCAACAAGAAGCCUGCAAAAGGAUUCUCUUCAAAGAAGGGGAAGGGGAAGGGGAAGGCAAAAUGAAACUCAUAAUUAGAAAUCACCAUUUAGAUGUUACAGAAUUUUGGUCAAGUUGCAAUUUUUGUUUAUGAUAAAGAAAAGGGAUCUCUUUGUAUUAGAUUGUUAUUUUUUGCAGGCAGAGUUCUUAUGUCCUCA